AGACCUCGUCGUUCUACGUACGAAAAUAACACGCAACAAGAUAAACAAUUGAUCUCGUUCUGCGGUUAAAAUAUCGUCAUGCCAAAAGUCAAAAGAAGUAGGAAACCUCCUCCAGAGGGAUGGGAGCUGAUCGAACCAACAAUAGACGAGCUCGACCAGAAGAUGCGGGAAGCUGAAACUGAUCCACAUGAGGGUAAAAGAAAGGUAGAAGGACUGUGGCCAAUAUUCCGCAUCCACCAUCAGAAGUCACGUUAUAUCUUUGACCUGUUCUACAGAAGGAAGGCCAUAAGCAGAGAACUGUAUGAGUACUGUCUUAAGGAAAAUAUUGCUGACAAAAAUCUCAUCGCAAAGUGGAAAAAGCAAGGCUAUGAGAAUCUGUGUUGUUUGCGGUGUAUUCAGACUAGGGAUACCAACUUUAACAGCAAUUGUGUGUGUCGUGUACCAAAGGGAAAGCUGGAAGCUGGUAAAAUUGUGGAGUGUGUGAAUUGUGGAUGUCGGGGCUGUUCAGGGUGAGGAAGGACCAUGGAUCUGAUUGUGACUUUUAUAGACAUUUUGGGCAAAAAGCCCCAAAAUGUUUCAACUGACUGAGGAUCAAAGUCACUACUAUUAGUGCAUUCACUUUACAAUGAAGCAGAAUUAUGGUGACUGAGAAGUGUUUUAAUUCAAUAUUUUUCAGCAGACAACAAAUAAACAGCUUCGUUUUUUAUUUCUACUGAAGGCGAUAUCAAAGUUCUUCAUUCAGUUUAAAAACACUAGUUUCUCUGAUUAACAAUUGUUUUUGAAGAAUAAAAACAAAAUAUCAGUCUCCAAUAUUUAUGAUAUCAUUAUAAUGCAGAGUUUAACAAGGAUUGCAAGCUGCCUGACUGCUGGAUACUAGGUAUACUUGCUGGACUUUACCAAUUUGAUAUUGGUUAAGUAUCAUUGCAAUGUAUUUUUGCUCUGUAUAAAGUUUCAUUGUGGAGGAAUAGUGAAGACAUUUUGUUUUAAUGCUUUACAAUGUACUGGAUUCCUGAAAUAAACCUAGUAUCAAGAUCACUAGGACUUGACACAUUUCUCUGGUUUGUAUAACAUACUACUGAUACGAUGUUAACACAUGGUUUAAGAUAUUGUAAAGUUCCUGAUGAGAAUUUUAGGAUAUCAUUCCUAAAUAACAGUGUAUAUAGUGUUGUGUACAAUGAUAGAUUACUACCUGUCUUUAUAGAGUGUCUAGUGUCCACACUUAUCUGAAACACUCUUGUCACCUUAAAUUAGCUUCUUUAUGAUGUUUGAUAUUUCAAGAACCUGUCCAGUUUAACCUUAAAGUGACCACACAGUAGAAUGACCUUACAAUUGUCUUAGCUCCUACAUUGUGGUAUGAUUUGGUUUUACAUUCAUUACUCUGUAAUUGUCUUCAGUAAGUUCACUUGAUUUUAGAUUAUUAUUUUACAUCAUUGUUCAAUUAAGUCUGAUGUUUAUACAAUAAUGGCGUACUUGCCUAACAUGUAAGUGAUUUUCUUCUUGACAUGUCUACCAGGAAUCUAUAACCACACUACUGUUAUAGGGUGACAUUGUAUCUCACAGUCUGCCAGCAACCAUGGCUGAUGAUGUUGCACCAGAGUGACAUCUUCAUUUUGAAUACCUGCCAACCCUCCCUUUAACUGUAGGAUUCAAACAAAGGUGUCCGUCCUCAUCCAGAACAUUCCUCUUCAGAGGAUAUUUUAUCCAAUUCAAAACAAAGACUUUUUUGUUGUAAGUGAGAAUGAAAGCGUGUGCAUCAGGAAGAUAUAUAAAUAAAAACAUAUUUAUGUA